UAGCGGUCAUUUCUCGUUUCAGCUGCAGCCAUGGCGAAAUCUCUACUUGUCUCUUCUUUGCUUGCGGUUGUUGCAGCAGUAGUUGUUGGAGCAGGGCCAAACCCCCAGUACUGUCCUCCUUCCUCCUGUGGCCAUCUUGGCAACAUAUCCUACCCUUUCCGUCUUCAAGGCGAUUCGCGCGAUUGCGUUGCUACUCCUCGUCCAUGGUACAACCUCUCCUGUAGCAGCGGCAGGGCUGCCAUUCAGAUCAACACAGGGACGUACUACGUGAGUAGCAUCAACUAUACUGGUGAGGUCUUCUCGGUUGUGGAUGCUACCUUGCAGGAUGAUGAUACAAACAGCAGCUGCCCUCUUCCUCGCUCCGAUCACCUCCCUUUCCCGGAUUGGUAUCGUGACUAUCGUCCAGCUGAUUCUUAUGGUUUUUUCGAUUUGGCCACUGCUUCAGGCACUUGGGCAUGCUUUGUGAAUUGUUCCCGAGCAAUAACAGAUAUUAUGCCAUGGUACAAGCCCGUUACAUGUCUGCUUCCCAACAAUUCAUUUGUUUUUGUCUCGUUUGUUAACUGUGCCGUUGGAGAGCUUCAACCUUCCUGUCGAUAUUUGGCCAUGAUUCCCUUUGAGAGUCGGCAUAUAUCGGACAACUCCUCACAGCUACAGAAUGCAAGUUACACAGAUAUCAUAGGAUUCAUAAGGAAAGGAUUUAGUGUUCGGUUUCCAUAUCGUCCUGACCAGUACCAGAGUCCUCGUAUGAGCGCCAGGGAAUGCCUGAAGGAUUCAAACAGGUACUUCAAGGAGCGUAUAUCUCAUCCAAGCAUUCUGAAUUUAACCCGUGCUAUUUUCUGGAGCGAAACAAACUCCGAAGUAGACUGCGGAUAUGAAGUUGCCCCCCAAAAAGAUAGGAUUUUUUUGGGAACCAUAGUAUCGGCUAUUGAUAUCAUCAAAUUUCAUUUCGUUUUAUUCAGGUUAGUGUUGGGGUCACUGGUGGUAUUCAUCUUCCUUGCCCACAAGUACUGGAAAACAAGGAUCACGAUCGACGCAGUAGAGAAGUUCCUUCGAAUGCAGCAGAUGAUUGGUCCGACGAGGUUUGCCUACACAGACAUUAUUGCAAUCACAUCCCAUUUUCGAGACAAGCUAGGCCAGGGAGGCUAUGGCUCUGUAUAUAAAGGUGUACUGCUCCCGGGUAAUGUCCAUAUCGCUGUCAAGAUGCUGACUGGUAGCUCCAGCUGCAACGGAGAUGAGUUCAUCAGUGAGGUCUCAACCAUUGGAAGGAUUCACCAUGUCAAUGUGGUGCGUCUGGUCGGGUUUUGCUCUGAAGAAAUGAGGAGGGCACUUGUGUACGAGUACAUGCCUCGAGGCUCUCUUGACAAGUACAUCUUCUCGUCAGAGAAGAGUUUCUCCUGGGAUAAGCUGAAUGAGAUCGCUUUGGGCAUUGCAAGAGGGAUCAACUACCUGCAUCAGGGCUGCGAGAUGCAGAUUCUGCACUUUGACAUUAAACCUCACAACAUCCUUCUUGACGAUAACUUUGUCCCAAAGGUUGCUGAUUUCGGUCUUGCGAAGCUAUACCCAAGGGAUAAGAGCUUCGUCCCUGUGAGCGCUGCACGAGGAACCGUGGGCUACAUAGCUCCCGAGAUGAUCUCUCGGAGCUUCGGUGUCAUAUCAAGCAAAUCCGAUGUUUAUAGCUUCGGAAUGCUACUAUUGGAGAUGGCUGGAGGAAGAAGGAAUGCAGAUCCAAAUGCAGCAAACUCAAGUCAAGCUUAUUAUCCAUCACGGGUGUACAGGGAGCUGACUCGGCGAGAAACAAGCGAGAUCUCUGACAUUGCUGAUAUGCAUGAACUAGAGAAGAAGCUUUGCAUUGUUGGAUUGUGGUGCAUUCAGAUGAGGUCAUGUGAUCGACCGACGAUGAGCGAGGUGAUAGAGAUGCUUGAAGGUGGUACCGAUGAACUGCAAGUUCCUCCAAGGCCAUUCUUCUGUGAUGAUGAGCAAUUGCCUGGAGUGGAGUCUUACAAUAUGCCAUCUGAUCUAACUGCAAUCUCCGAGGAGCAUGAGGAUGACGAUGAUGAUAGCAUAUGUCUGUUCGAAAGCUACCAGUAACUUAGUAGCAAGUACAUUUCGAAAUGCUAAAGCUAAUUAUGAUGAUUGUAUUUACUUUGUACUCCUGUUUGAUGUCAAUUUCAGUAUGCUGAGACCUAUGUAGUCUUAUGUAUUCUGUGAUACAUAUAAGCAUAUAAAGUGAGAGCUUGUAAUAUUUAAGAGUA